AUGUCACAACCACGACCCGACUGUGUCGAAUGGAAUUGGAGGUUCCAUCAUGAGAGCUGGGACACGCCAUGGUCGUCCGAGGAUUUCCCCGCCAGUGAGACUGAAUUCGACCACCUGCGAAAAAUACGUCAGUGGAAUAUCGAGCCUUGGUUUAUGGCGCCCCGAUGUGAGGCGACAACACUUCUUAAGCAAGAGAUAACUCACCGCUGGCCUUGGGGCUACACCAUCUAUCGCACUGUCUACACCCCCGAGUCUGACCUUCACUGGGAGGCCGCCGCUGAUGCGAUUCGAGCAAACAUUUUUGCCACUCUAGACUGGCAGCUGAAGAACGGAAGACGCCAGGACAAGCAUUCACAUCGGCUUGUCCGCGAGGGGUACCGCAGCCUUGUGUUCGAGGAUAAGGCUCGUUUUGAUGGGGCCACUAUUUCCCAAAUCCGGGAACAUUUCAAAGCCUCUGUCAACAACGAGCCCGCACCUCUGGGUAAUCGCUUUCGCUGGUGCUUGGUGAUUGAUCAGGAGGCUCUACAAUCCUUCAUUCGCCACCCCGAGCCUGCAGGAACCUACAUUCAGGACGAGCCGGAUGCGAAAGAGAAAAACGGCGCUUGGGUGACGGUUGUGGACCCCGACUGGAAGGCAACGAAUGAAUAUUCGGAACGCUUCUACCCGGGAUUUAUGCGCAUUCAUCUUAACAGGCUGUUCCGACUCGCAUAUAACGGCGACGUAAUGCCCAUGUCUCAUAUGUCUACUGACAUGGAUUCACCGGAGGAUAUUCCCUGGUUUAAUGACUUUUGA